AUGCAGGUGGCUUUCUUAGCGCUGAUGGCGCUAGCGCUAAGUGUCCCGCGGGAGACAAAUGGUACAAAAGGCGUCAAGUCACCUCUCGCUAAUGUCACUUCGUACGCGCCACGCUCACUCUUCGUGCCAUACAAACACACACGUUACAAGCGCGCGCCUCAUACUCUGCUCGGUCCCUUUGACUUCAACAAAUUGUUUAAGAAGAAGAAGAAACCUCGUAUGGAGGCGGAGCUUGCACCAAGCGCAUUUCCACUCCGCGGCGUUGCUUCCCCGCAUACUGCUGCCUCCAUGACUUCUACAAUUCUUCUUUCUGAUACAGUUCAUAAACCUGAACCUAACAUUACGAUAAUACCUAGCUUGGCAUCGAUAACAACUGCUCUUACUACUUUACCAGCAACGAGUAAGACAAAUGGCACAACGGAGUCAGCAAUCACAGAAACAGAAACGAUAGCGAUAACAACGACACCAAAGACCAAAGGGACAUCGAAGACUGAUUCAAAGCAGAAGAAGGUGAAAACGCGGAAGAACAAAAACAACUCAACGAUGGUGGCGACAAGUCGGUCAGCAAGUGCAAGGCGGUCAGCAGUGGCGGUCAAGAAGAAAGACGAAGCUCCGUGGCCAGUGAAGCAUGCUGCUGUUGUGGAUGGAGAUAUCAUACUCGGCGGUCUGAUGAUGGUACACGGGCGUUCAGAAGGCGCGACCUGCGGGCCGGUGAUGGCGCAAGGUGGAGUGCAGGCGUUAGAAGCCAUGCUUUACGCCUUGGAUUACGCCGCAGCGAACGCCAUCGGCCCGCCUGGCGUCAAGAUUGGCGCGCUCGUGCUUGACGAUUGUGAUAACGAUACGUAUGGGCUGGAGAUGGCGUUAGACUUCAUUAAAGGCUCAAUUAGUAACAUAGAGGAGGAGUACGCGUGCGCAACGCGUGGUGUUCAGAGGCAAAUCAUUUCCGGUGUCGUGGGCGCCGCCUCGAGCGUCACUUCCGUUCAAGUUGCCAACUUGCUACGAUUGUUCAAGAUCCCCCAGGUCUCCUACUUCUCAACAUCACCAGAGCUGUCAAACAAAGCCCGUUUCGAGUAUUUCACCCGCACGAUACCUUCAGAUCUGCACCAAGUGAGAGCGAUGGUCGAAAUCGUCAAGAAGUUCGGAUGGCGAUACGUGUCCAUCAUCUAUGAGGAGUCUAACUAUGGAAUUAAGGCAUUUGAAGAACUAGAGACGCUUCUAGCUCGCAACGAUAUCUGUAUAGCUGUGAAAGAAAGACUAGUAAAGGAUUCUGGCGAAGCCACCGCCAGCGCUUACGAUGUAAUAGUUGCGCGUCUGCUUUCACGACCCCGGGCGAGAGGAGUGAUAGUGUUCGGAUCAGACCAAGAAGUGGCGGGUGUGAUGCAGGCAGUAGUCCGGGCAGGUGCUGAGGGGACGUUCGGCUGGGUCGGCUCAGAUGGUUGGUCGGCGCGAGCUCUGGUCGCCACAGGUCGCGAACGCGCGGUCGAAGGGACAAUCUCCGUGCAGCCACUGGCGAGACCGGUUGAAGGUUUUCGAGAGUACUUCCUCAACCUGACCGUGCACAACAACAAACGGAAUCCCUGGUUUGUAGAAUUCUGGGAAGAACAGUUCCAAUGCCUCUGGGACGGUCCAGGAGCUGCCCGAACCCCAUACAACACCCACACUCGUCGUUGUACAGGAAAAGAACAACUGUCGAACGAAAAUACAGAACUAGAAGCACAACUCCAGUUUGUAGCGGAUGCAGUACUGGCUUUCGCUCAUGCUUUACGAGAUAUGCAUGAGGUUGAAUGCGGAGGUGCUCCAGGGUUGUGCCCGGCUAUGAAACCUCCUCAAGGACCUCUCCUUCUACGAUACUUGAGGAAUGUACGGUUUACUGGGUUAAGCCGCGAAGAGUUUCACUUUGAUAGCAAUGGCGAUGGCCCUGCAAGAUACAAUAUCAUGCACUUCAAGCAGGUAGAGCCGGGAGUCUUUCGAUGGCUACGAGUUGGGCGAUACCUGGAUGGAGAACUUGAAAUAGAUGUAGAUGAAAUCCAGUUCAAACUGGAGUCACCUCGGCCUCCUGAGUCCGUAUGCAGCGCGGAGUGCGAACUCGGGCAGGCUAAGCAAUACGUCGAGGGAGAGAGCUGUUGUUGGCACUGCUUCAAUUGCACGCAGUACGAGAUCCGCGCUCCAGAGUCAGAGACCGCCUGCCGCGAGUGCCCACGUGGCACGCUACCUGACGAGACACGCACGCACUGCGCGCUUCUUCCAGCAGACUACCUUCGCCCAGCCUCCCCCGCAGCACGGGGCGCUAUGGCAUUCUCCGCCUUGGGGAUAUUGUUCACUGUGUUUGUGAUCGGCGUAUGGAUAUGGCGCGGAGACACCCCUGUGGUCCGCGCAAGCGGGCGUGAGCUGAGCUAUGUGCUCCUCGGUGGUAUCCUAAUGUGCUACCUCGUCACGUUUGCACUAGUUGUGCGGCCUACGGAUGCGUUAUGCGCUGUGCAACGUUUCGGCACCGGGUUGUGUUUUACAAUAGUCUACGCGGCACUGCUAACAAAGACCAAUCGAAUCGCGCGCAUAUUUGCGGCGGGUGAGCGAUCAGCGCGACGCCCUGCUUUCAUAUCACCACGCUCACAGCUUGGCGUGUGUGCGUUACUUGUGGGGGUUCAAGUUGUCAUAGUGGGAGUUUGGCAAGCGGCAGCACCCGCGCGGGCAGUCAGACAUUUGCCCUCACGCGAGACAGCCGUUCUUGUCUGUGAUGCAUACGUCGAUGCGUCAUAUACACUAGCAUUCAGCUACCCCGCGGCACUCAUCGCUACUUGUACAGUCUACGCUGUGCUGACGCGGAAGAUCCCUGAAGCUUUCAAUGAAAGCAAGCAUAUCGGUUUCACGAUGUAUACAACCUGUGUGAUCUGGCUCGCCUUCGUGCCACUUUAUUUCGGCACGGCGAGCCACGUGGCGCUGCGAGUCACAACCAUAGCUGUCACCAUCUCUCUUAGUGCGUCUGUCACGCUUGCCUGUCUGUUUGCUCCUAAGGUGUACAUAAUCCUGUUCCGACCGGAACGCAAUGUCCGAGCUUGCCUAAUGCCGGGACGCUGGCGGGCGGCUGGCGGCGGAGCGGCUGGUGGCGCCGUUUGUGCAGCCCUAGUUGGUGCCGCCGCACCGCUGCCUCCACGAGCACCGUUGACAGCUACUCCAUCUACUGAUCGCUCCACACUGAACGACGAUCGCACACCAAGCUCGUGUCUAGACCGGCAAGUGCAGACGGAUCCGUCAGAGUUCCCCUCCCCCGCCGCGCCGGCCGCACCCCCCGCGGCCGCCGAGCUGCAGCUCGACGCCCGCGCACUGCGGGGCGGGCUGCCCCCCUUCCCCCUCCAGGAGCCGCCCGUGCCGAACGGCCCGUGCGCGCCCGCGCCCGCGCUCGCAGAGAAACGGUUAUAGCACAAGGCAAAGAUCCAAGUGCGCUCGAGACGUAUUCCAGUGCUCGUGUGACGUCAGAUAACCUUAGGUACUUUCUUACACUAUACUUUCUAGGGGUAAAAGGUAAUGUUGUAUACGCGUCUCAGAACCGAGAUAUCAAAAAAUUCCCGGUAAUAAGAUAAUGAAUAAUAGUUGAGGUACGCUAGGACACGGAUGGGACGGGCCGAACUAAUGUGAAAAUAUGAAAAGAGCUAAGUGAUAACUGAUAAGUGUUAACCCGUAAAUAACGUGACACAUUCUGUAGAAAUUAACACAUCAAUCCGCCCGUUAUCAUCCCGUUCUAACAUGUAUUUUAAUGAUCUAUUAACAGAAAUACCAUACCUAAGUUAGUUUUAUGAAUAUAGGUUUCGUUUUUCAUUUGUUGGACUUUUGUUCUUUAAAAACAAUAUAAAUUAUAUUAUUUUAUUGUUUUUGUUAAAUUAUGACAAAGUUAGUUUUUAAAAUGCUCAUUACUUGCUCAAAAAACUAUAGAUAUCGAUUGUUGGAUUAAAUUCACGUAAAAAAUUGUGCCCUAAAAUAGUAAGAUAGUCAAUAAAUCCUUGAUCUAUAGAAUCUGAUCUAGCAAUACUUUUGGUCUAGUCUGUUGAUCUCUCUAUUCUGAAAACGAAAUCCUGUGUACUGUGUACCUAAUUGUAAAUACAAGUAGAUAACUUAUUGCCGAUAUAAAGCUAUAUAAAUGUUAUUAAAUUAUGGUUUGUU